CAUAGAUGUAUAGCCCGUGGGUCACCGUUUCUGAUCACAGUGAUCGAGUGCUAGUCACAGCGUUAAAUCGAUUCAUUAUCAGGCUAGCUGGACUCAACUGGCGCGACACGGACGUUCGAAGACUGGGUCAACAGGAGAUAAUCGGCCAACAAUAAGUAUUACUAUCAGCGCAUCGGAGCGUGACGCUGGAUUACAGGCAUAUACAAUAGCGGGACUGGUGUGUGCAAGUAGUGUCGCGACGCGAUUAAACACGUCCAAAUAUCAUUCCUAGAUGACAGAGGCGCAAUAGAUGACAAUCUUCGACUAUGACAACCAGCCACUAUUUUAGUGCGUCGAUAUGGUGACAAUAUAUAGUCGGCCAAACAGGAGGCUUGCGACUCUGCGGCAUCGCGCCGGGAGUGCACGCUAACAUUUCCUGCUAUUAGCAGCGUCGUGAGCGCAGAGAAUGCAGCUGACGGCUUUUAUCCCCAUGCGUGCGAUGAUGCUGAACACGAGCCGCACAAACAUCUACUUCCUCGUGCUCGGAGCCGCUGCGAUGUUUUUCCUCACGACGCUAAUGAACGAAGCAACAGCGGUGCAUGACAAAGGCGACAGUGCAGAGCCGCGCCACGUCUCUGCGAUCACCCGAAGCCUAAACGGGGCAAAUGCGUCAACUGUUAGUAAUAAUCACGACAGACGACAACUCGUGAAAGAUCGCCGACAGGUGUCGCUUCCCCACCGCGUCGCGCCGCAGCGUGUCGGCGGUAGGAAGGCAUCCGUGGGAGAUCGAGACACGACGCGCAGGAAGACUCCGUGCAACCGAACCGAGAGCGCGAUUAUAUGCGAGGAUGGCACGAAGGUAGUAUUGCGCCCUGAAUUCUACUGGACACCAGACAGGACGUUGCCGCGCGCGCAAAGCACGGACCCCGGCUGGCAGCUGACCCUCGCUAGCUCAGCGUGCCGCCACCGUAGCCGCCCGAGCAUUCUGUUCGACGUUCACUCAAAGGCUGAUCAUGGCCGCCAUCGCGAUCUGAUUCGACGCACGUGGGCGUCGAAGGAGAAUCUUUCUGCGUUCAAUGCCGAGGUCUUCUUUAACCUGGCGACCGAUCUCGACGCGGGAGUGCGGCGGGACACAGACCGUGAGGCGGACGCCUACGGAGACAUUGUCCGCAGCGCGCAUGUUGAGCACUAUAGGAACAUGACGUAUAAGCAUGUAGCAGGGCUACGCUACUCGCUGCGUUACUGUGCCGGCGCGAAGUACGUCGUAAAGGUCGACGAUGAUUUCCACUUAAACGUGAGCGACCUCGCAAACGAUUUGGCGAUAUUUGCCAGCGACCCGUCGUUCGAGCAUGCGCAGAUAUUCUGCCGUGUUAUAGGCGGCCAACCGAAUCGGAGCCCGAGGAGCAAGUGGUUCACGCCGCGGGAUAUAUAUCCAGUCAGGUUAUAUCCCAGAUACUGCUUUGGUGGAGUCAUAAUUUACACUAUGGAAGCUGUAAGAAAAAUCGUCGAGGUUUCGCCAUAUCUUCCGUACUUCCACAUCGAUGACAUGCAUUUGACUGCUCACGUGGCGAAGGCUCUUAACAUAUAUCCUCAGCAAAAAAUUGUUUUGGACUUUGUCACUCCUCUAGAAAAUCUCGAUGAAACACGUGACGUGAUCUAUGAAGAUACUGGUAUCUUUACGAAUCAGCGAAUUACUUAUACGAUCUCGUUUAUAAAAAUGGCCAUCUUCCUGUUUCACAUGUACUCGACCAUGUCACGUAGCAAAACUAUUGUAAAAUACAAGUUACAGUGUUAACAUAGCAGAUUUCCCGCGUGAACUAUUAUUAUAUUGAUUGCUUCCGUCUGGAGGUUAAUAAUUUACUAAAUUUUGCAACUAGGUAAAGUUAUUUAUUUAAUUGUAUUCUUAACUGCAUCAUGCAUGAGAAGCCCUGUGAUGUUAUACAUAAAGACGCUAAC